AUGUUUAGGUUUCUUGUAAAUUUAAUUACAACAGGACUAGUUUUUUUUAACACUUACAGCCAGUUUAAAGUAAAGAAAGAAGAUAAAUCUUUUACAAAAGUGUACAAUAUAUACUUUAAAGUGAUGUCUGUCUACCUUGUACUUGAUAAUUUAUUAUCUUUCAUACUACGAAUGAUCCCUUUUUACCAGCUAUUUAAACUUCUAUUGGUUGUUUGGUUAUCUGUUCCUAAAUGCAGUGGUUCUGUAUUCGUCUACAGAUUUUAUGUCAAUGGAUUAAUGCGCACUUACGAACACGAUCUCGAUACGUUGUUAGAAAAAUUGAAAUUUUUUAUUGUUGAUAACUUUCAGAAAUAUAAAGACUACGCUUACGGAAAAAUUAAGGAGAAAAGAGAAGCUUAUAAAUCGAAAAAAAAUAACAAUUUACAAGAUGUAGGAGAUAUUUCUGAUAUUGAUAUAAAUGAUGUUAUUAAGGGAGAAAUUGAAGGAGGAGAAUGUGAGACAAAUAAUAACAAUAAUGGAUCAACUAAAUAUAUGAAUGGAUCAUCUCUUAAUACGAAUGGUUUAGUUCAUAAUACAAAUUUAUCAUCUUUCAAUUCCAAUGUAUCAACGAAUGGUAAAAGUUAA